AUGGACGGGAAAGCAUAUAUUAAAAGAGUACCAAUCAUGAUAAUCGGGCAGGCUCGAACCGGGAAAACUAGUCUAAAGAAAUCUCUAAAGGGAGAAAAGUUCGAUCCAAAGGAACAAAGCACAGAAGGAAUAGAGACUGAUCCUUCAUACUUCAAAGUUUCGACGGAAAUUUGGAGAGCAGGCGAGAAUAACAACAACAAAACUGAUCCUGGGUCAGAGGAUUUUUUCGAGCACAAUAUCGCACAGUCGAUAUUUGGUGCACUAAAAAAUGUCAAAAUGGCUCAGAGUCCUCCCUUAAAGGAACCAAGCAAUGAUGGCUCUGAGACAUCAAUUACGGACUCAAAGUCGAGCCAGAGACACGUUAAAGAGGAAAUACCAGAAAGUAUAGCAACAAGGGUGGAAAGACUUCUACAAAAUAAUGAAAAUGUUGAAGAAGAGGAAGAAAUAUUUUCCAUUCUAUGGGAUUUUGGUGGACAGUCCGUUUACUAUGCCACCCAUCCAAUCUUUCUAACAGAGAAAGCCAUCUAUAUUUUAGCUUGCGACCUAAGUCGUAAUCCCUACGACAAAGCAGACACUCUAGUCAGAAAAGGACUCUAUAGGAACAAAGAAGACACUUGCUGCAACAACACAAACAUAGACUAUCUUGACUUUUGGCUGUCAUCAGUUUAUUCUUUGGUCAGUCCAGAAGCUCUUGGUCAGGACUCCUCUGAGUCCCACACCUCAUCUGCAAGAUUGCCUCCAGUUUUUUUGGUGUGUACUCAUGCAGAUGAACCUUACAGUAAAACCACCGAUCCUAGAGAUUUGGCGCUCGAUAUCUAUGGAUUUCUCCGAACCAAGCCUUAUGAACACCAUUUGUUCAAGGACGUCUUUGUUGUCGACAACACGAAGUCAGGGAGCAUAAACGAGUGCCAAGAGGUAGUGCGCCUUAGAGAAGAAUUACUUUCUGUUGCCCAAAGUCUUCCUCAGAUGAAGGAGGCCGUUCCAUUAAAGUGGUUAAGGUUUGAACAUAUUCUCCGGCUUUUACGUGACGAUCACGACAAAUUGAUGGCCAUUAGUGAAGCAAGGCAGAUUGCCACUGAUAAAUGCGGGAUUGACGAAGAUCAACAAUUCAGGACUAUGCUUGACUUUUUGCAUGAUCAGAAGGUUAUAAUUCAUUUUACGGAAACAAAAGAACUAAACAACUUGGUAAUUUUGGACCCCCAGUGGCUCAUUGAUAUCUUCAAGAAGGUAAUCACUAUUAGGCGUUACAAGCAUACAGAAGACAACGUUGAAGGGUUUUGGCGCAAGCUGCAGGAGACUGGAAUCUUGGAUGAAAGACUCCUUGAUCACGAGUGGAAACAGUUGAUUGAUAACUACAGUAAAGAAACCGUUAAGAGCCUUAUCGCGAUAAUGGAGAGAUUCAGCUUGCUCUGUCCCUGGCCAUCUGACGGAGAAAACAUACAAUACCUUGUGCCAUCCAUGUUGAUGUCACCUCCUACAAAUGACCUCCUGGAGCUCCUUGCUUCUGUGAGAACGCCUUCACUUUUUGUGAGGUUUGAAGUAGGUCGAGUGCCUCCAGGCCUGUUCAAGCGUCUAGUACUACAGUUUUACCAAUGUUGUCACGAAGAGUGGAAGAGCCAGAUACAACCCCAGCUGUUCAGGAAUUUUGCUCGGUUCCACAUCCUUCCCGAUGAAGGAACGUCUGUCAUUAUCAUGUGCCAUUCUUCCUCUAUCGAAAUCGUUGUUCACGAUGGAAGCGAUAUUUCGGAAGCAAAUGUAACUGGUUGUAGUCCCGGUCUGACCACAAGUCGUAAAAUGCAUUUUCAACUGAGACUGAUUCUCGAGCGCAUGCGCAGAGAGUUUAGUUGGCUCAAGUACAUGAGAUACGAAAUGUGCAUCUGCUGUCCAGUGUGUUCACAGAGAGGUUCUGUAAAAUGUCGUUCUCAUGACGUGCGCGGCUGUGAGUGUCUUCACUUGUUGUCAGAAUCCGAGCUGCUAAAAUGCCGGUAUUGCACUCGACCUGGUCUUCGUGGAGAUUGCAGAAUUCGCAUCAAAAUGUUUGCACCCUGGUUUUCGUUUUCAGACCCUAACGAGAGCAGGACUCUAGUUAAUCAGGUGAGUUUCUGUCUUUCCCCAAACACUUUGUAUAUCUGUGCACAGUUUAUACUCCUAGAAUACCACUACAACCACUGAAACAAUCUCUUUAAAAUCUUGGAUAUACGCAAUGAAAGCAUAAGGUAUUUCAGGCUGGGUAGAAGGCAUAUAUCUUGUCUCCAUGACCUGAGUUUACCAAAGCAGAAAGGAAUUAACAGCAACAGCAAAAGUUAGGGUUUUCAAAAUAAUUAUUCAGAAUUAUUUUAUUGCGUAUCAUUUUUUAUCAGAAAAGUGCAUCUGGAUGCAGUGAUGUGGGAGAAAGAAUUUCUGAAACUUACCAAGAAGGUGAGAACACGGUUAAUCAUUUUACACGAGUCAGUUGUAAAUUUCCAGUUCUGUUCGUUGUCUUGUAUAUUUUAUAUUUUUGAAAUCAAUUUUUAAUAACAGACACUUGGAGUUUCCAAUGUAACAUGUUUCUUUAAUUUCUAGAGAAUUCUCUUGCUCUUCCCCGUGAUGUUCUUCAGUGCAUUCAGUGUCAGCAGAGCGACCCCAAGGAAAUUGUAGCGCGCUUUCAAGAAUGUCUGCAGUUAAAUCCAGCAGAUCUGGAAAAUCCAGUGCCUGAGACGAAAAGAAGGAUUCGGUGUCUUGCUAAUGAAGCUAAAUCUCAAAACAGAAUCGAUGUAAUUGAGUAUCUAAGGACGAUAGCACCUGCCGGUACUACAGGUACGUCCAUAACAACAACACACUAUGUUAAAUAGAAAGGAAAGUUUCGCUCUAUUUGAAAGAUUUGGCCUGCUACCUACUGGUCGCGUAGAUCAAGCUUAUGAAGACGGACGGCGAAGAUUAAUUAGUUGUUGUGUCAGAACUUGUGUCUUAUUUUAAAACCCACAUUGAAAAUUGAAGGACGAUGAAGACGAUAAAGAAGCUUCCUCCUCUCUUGUUCAAGGCAUUCAAGUGUUGUGUGCCUACAUUGAUGACUAUGGCAAUGAUUGUGUUUGUGACUAUUCGCCCGGAUUCAGUACCGCUCACUGAGAUUCCACAUGAAUUUAAACAGAUGUUCGAAGAUGUUUUGUAUGAUUUACCUGUACCUAUAGUACUAUCUUUAGUAAGUAGUAAAGCUUACUCGAAAGUUCUGCGACUCACCUUCCUCAAUCUUUACUACACAAGUAGUCUCUUACAUUUAGUAUAAUGUGUUAUUACCACCACUGUCUAGAGAGACACUUCCCGCAAGUAGUAGAUGAAAGGUUUUUGCGUCAUCUUUCAAGCAAGACGCGGUACGUUUUUUUCUGUUUUUGACACUAACCACCUCAUUUUCAAUUUGCCAUUUUAGAUCUUCAAAAUAUGUUCAUGUUGAACUUAACAGACUUAACUUUCUAAUACCGUGAGAUAUUUGUACUCGUUUUGUGCGUUAUUUGUACUCUACUGAGUGAAGUUGAAUAAUAAAUAUAUCUUAUUGGACGGUUUAGUGUGUAUGGUCGUGGGAUAUCUUUACUCGUCUUUUGUAUUUUGACUCACCCUACGGGCUCGCCAAAAUAGGGCGUGACUCGAAAAAAUAUCCCACGAUACUAUUACAGACUAAACUGUCCAACAAGAUAUAUUUACUUACACUAUGUUGUUUGGUAAACAGGUCCCUUGUUGAAAGAGAACCUUGAUGUGCGUUUUAUUCCCUUUCAAGUGAGAAAGGACCUAACAUUUCAACUUUCUGGUAAGUGUUAUUUGUUGUUUCCAGCAAAGAUUUCACGUAUGUCGCCAAAAUUAACCAACUUAAUUUGGUUAUGUUCAUCUGUAUACAUGGAAUUGUCAAAGUAAAUUUCAAGACAAAGAAGAUAUCUAACAAAUCCGUGACAACAUUUAUCUUUGAUCUCCAGCGUACUCUUAGAAAUGACUCCGGAGUUUUCAAACUAUAGUGGAACACUACAAAAUUUUGUUAAAAUUUAUAGGAAAAUCGCUUGUGUAAGAAAGAGAAUCAAUUCCAUGGUCUGUAAUUAUCGAUGGGGACCAAAGCUCUCGCCAAUCAGCGAGCGAGAAAUCAAUCAUUUGUUUUAGAAAGAACAAUUACUAAAUGUGAGAAAAAGUGUAAAGUAAAAACUUGCCGAUGUGUGAUAGUUACAUAUUGGUGCUUGAUAUACAUGUCAAAUAUUCCAACACAAAAGCAACAAUAGAUAUAUGAACAAUCUAUUAAAGCUACUGAAUGAAAUGCGACUAUCAAUUGAAACUUCUAAUGCGACAUUUUUCGGAGGAAGACAAUAAACAACGACAACCGACUUCCCUUGAUCGUUUUGAACUGUUAUAGAAACCUGAUGAAUUCAAGUCCAGAAAACUUUGUUUACAGUAGACAAAUUAAAAGAAGGCUGAAUAAGCGCAAUGGAGGUCGAAAGAACACAACUCAUUUUUGGUGACAUUUCGACACUGCCAUCGUCUUCGUGGUUGCUUAAGCUCCCCAUUCUGUAUUGCAAAAUGUUUCUCCGUGUAUUAAACAAUAUUAACUGAGAAAGGAAACUAUUUAAAGAAAAUACGAUUAGUUUGAUUGAUGGGUGAAUUCAUGUUUGAACAUGAAGUCGUAAACAGUAGAUGCGCAAAAGUAAGAUCUUUUUAAUACAGUGUCUUCAAACAUGGCAAAUCAUAUCAGUAGUUUUAACCUUUUUGUAAGGUUCAGCAUCAAUGGUUUAUCAAAACUGAAAACGUGGAAAAUUUAAAUUACAAGCGCAACUGUUUCUUCUUUUGUUGUUUUCAUUGUAACUUAUUGUAUUGACGAAGUUUGCCCUAAGAGUGAAAAAUAAGUAAAAUAAAAAAACUCACCAAGAGGGCUCACUUCAAACUGCUUUUUACUUUCCGAUAAAACAGAAUCUCAAACUUUUAAUUUGCUUUUGUUUACAAGCUGGCGAUGAAUGGAAACAGCUUGCAGAGACCUUUGGUAUGUCUCAUAUCGAGAUCCGCAUGCUGGACAAGCGAACCUUCAAUCCUUGUGACUUUGUCCUUGAUCUUAUAGCAAAUCACCGCUAUUUGAUCGUCGGGGAACUUUACGACAGACUGGUGAAGAGCGAACUUCCAGGAUCAGCUGACUUACUGUAGAUUAUGAUAAAUUAUGCUUUGUUAACAUUUUGCUUCGAAAUAUUCUUCAAUGCAUUUGAUCAGCGAGUCGAUAUUUAUAGAGAGGCAUUUAUAAGGGUUGAGAAUUAAAA